GAAGUGGUUCCCCGCGCAGUAGAUGUUGUACCAAUCAUUCCUCUUCUUGCGACGGCGAGAUUUAUAUCGAGUACUUUUUCUCCGACGAAACGCGCCACGGGAAUUUGUGUAGACUCACUCAAUCAUCUGCCACCGCCACGCUCGACGACCUCCGGCGAAGAGAAGAGAAGAGAUGGCUCUCCACCAGCCCUACGACCCUUACUUCCGCCCCCAACCACUGCCCCUUCCAGAUUACGCCUACACCGUCGGUAAUAAAAACGAACGCGAUAUGAUUCGAACCCUAUUCGUCUCCGGCCUCCCUGACGACGUUAAAGCUCGUGAAAUUCACAACCUCUUCUGCCGCCGCCCCGGCUUCGAGUCUUGUCAGCUCAAGUACACCGGUCGCGGAGAUCAGGUUGUUGCAUUUGCCACCUUUGUAGAUCAUCCAACAGCAAUGGCAGCAUUGCACUCGUUAAAUGGUGUGAAAUUUGAUCCUCAAACAGGAUCCACUUUGCACAUUGAACUUGCUAGAUCAAAUUCCAGGAGGACAAAAAGACCAGGGAGUGGGCCCUAUGUUGUUAUUGAUAACAGAUCUAAAUCCAAUACAGAUGCCAAAGGCACUUCAAGUGAUGAAGAUUCAAAUGAUAGUGAUUCUGAUGACCCAUCAAGAUCCAAUGAUCCUGAUUCUGGCAACAAUGAUGAUUCGUCUGAGAAGAGUGGUGAGAAAGUGGGUGAUGGUGAUAAUGUUUUAGCUGCACAAAGUGAACAGACUGAGAAGAUAGGAGACGGUACUCAUCCAUGUUCCACUUUAUUUAUUGCCAAUCUCGGGCCCAACUGUACUGAAGAUGAACUUAGGCAAAUUCUUUCACAGUACCCUAGAUUCAACACCCUGAAGGUUCGUGCUAGAGGUGGAAUGCCAGUUGCUUUUGCUGAUUUUGAGGGUGUUGAAGAAGCGACUCAGGUCAUGAAUGCACUUCAAGGAAGCUCAUUGCCUUCAUCAGAUCGGGGUGGCAUGCAUAUAGAAUAUGCUAGAUCUAAAAUGAGGAAGCCUUGAAUCACAUUAUGCAGAUAGAUGGACAUGGCUCGGAAGCUAAGCUGGUGGAUGGAUGAUCUGAGGAUGGUAAGAAUGGACCCUAGCUGCAGGUGCCCUGGACCGACCAUCUUUUUAGUUGUCCUGUCCAUGUUGAAACCACAAGUUUAGUUUUUUAACCAAUUAAUUAAUUGGGUUUAUGGAACAAAGCUUAUUAGAUGCUGCUAAUUACUCCCAUCCGUAUCACUUUUACUUCCAACCUGCUUUCUUCAUCCCAGACUUACCACACUACCUACUUCUAUGAUAAUUGUAUGUAAACCUUAAUUGGAAACUUGACUUCCAAUUUGAUGCCUUUAUUUAAGGAGGCUUUACUGCUAUAUUAAUAUUAAUCCUUAAUUACUUAUA